AUGCUCGCCACCGCCCACUAUCCGCCCUCGUCAUCGUCGAGACUGCCGCAUUACAAUCCGAGCCAGCAUGCCAUCUUUGAGCUACCACGACUCGAGCAGCCAGAGGUGGCGACGUUUUCGGAUACGCUAUUUGCACCGCCCACAUCACUCACGGUCCAAGAAGAGUCGAGACGUGCAGGCGCAGGCGCAGGACAGUCGACAACUCAUAGUGCCCAGUAUGCCAUUUCCUCGGAUGAGAAUGUACAGCAUCACCGACACGAUUCGGCUUCCUCAGAUGGGCAAGAAGAUGGGCCUGCUCCUGCUGCGAGCACGUCUAAUGCUCCUAAUCCACCACCAAAGAAGAAGCGAACGCGAACACUCACUACAUCUCAUCAGUCGUCUGUGCUUCUUGCGUUGCUGGCCAGAACGCCGUUCCCCACUACCGCUGAGCGGGAGGAGGUCGGAAGGGCAAUUGGCCUGACCGCACGCAAGGUUCAAGUCUGGUUUCAAAAUCAGCGGCAGAAACAGAAAAAGGCUUCCCAGUCAGGCACUCUGGCUGCGUCUGCACACCAAACAGCGACAACAUCGGCCCCGUUGCCAUUGUCACGCCAGCCAGGUUUUUCCGCACACCAUGCCGCUAGGAUGGGUGUACAGCCUCCGAUGACUGCAACAACAACCAGCAGCAAUAGUCCUCCGACCCCGGCCACGGCCACCUAUGGUUCGUACACCGUUACUCCACCUCCGGUCUUGGGCUAUCCUCGUCCGGCGACUUAUUAUCCAGAGCAAGCCCUCUAUUUCAACCCCGACCCAAAGUCGACCUCCAACCCAGGUUCCCGACCCCAGACAAGCCACUCAAACACGGGCUCGGCAUACGCUCCCCAAACAUAUUUCGACCCCUACAAUCCACAGGACACCCGUUCCUAUGGUCACUCAUCUGCGUCACACACGACGUCACUCUCAAACGAGUAUUCUCUCCCGCCACCUUCGGAAGCAAGUACGCAGUCACCCGGGGAUACAUGGAGAUACAAGCCACUCCCUCCGCUCCCGGCUGCUGCUGCCUCGGCACCAGCUACGACGAGCUCGCGUCCUACACGAGGAUACUCGCUGAAUCUGGGAGACCAGGGAACAGGAUAUCGCGCUACGCCUCCUACACCCGCAUCCGCAUCAGCGUCGACGGCUACAUCCCUCGCGCUGCGAUCUAGAGCGUUUUCCAACCCAGGAACCAUAUCACAAGAAUAUACUCCACAACCACAAUCUCAAUGGUAUCAGUCAACUUACAUGCCCACAGGUCCAAUCGAUUCCCAGGUCCCAACUUCCUAUCAUCCGCUUUCUACCGAAUACGAACCACCGAAAGAGGGCCAUUUCUAUCCUCGCUAUGCGGGCCAACGCUCCUCCCCAGGCGGACUGUCUUCUGCAUCGUCCUAUGCCGACCCUCCUUUAAGUGCGCAGACCCCAUUCGCCUCUGCACCUACUGUGACAGGAAGACUAUCUCACUCGCCUGUGGAGAGGCGCCGUACGCGACUCUCCUACGACUCUGCUCAAGUCGGGGGGAGUGUGCUCGGGAAGCGGCCUUCUUGGUCCACCGACGAAGAAAGAGUGCUCAAACGUCCGAGAACAGGUGAAGGACAUUCUCAAGCGUACACAUUAACGCAUACCGGUCCAUCUCAGUCUACGAUCUAUCAUCCUCCGGCCCCAACCAGUCUGGCGAUCCCCCCACUCUUGCCUGUAACGUAUCCACUUCAACCCCCUACUCCUCAACAGCUAUCGCCACAACAGCAAGCCACGCCCGUCACACCUUCCCAACAACAACGCAUCCCCGAACCUCCACAGGGCCAGCAACCAUAA